GUCUGACCCAGCUCAGCAACCUGCUCCCGGGGCCCCGGAGGGGGGAGCCCCUGGCGGGGGCCCCCCCGGGCCACCCCCUAACCUGAGCAGUAACCGCGUGGUUGACAUAAUGCGUGUAAAUGUAGACAAGGUGCUGGAACGAGACCAGAAACUAUCAGAGCUAGAUGACAGGGCAGAUGCACUUCAGGCUGGUGCCUCACAAUUUGAAAGUAGCGCAGCAAAACUCAAAAGGAAGUACUGGUGGAAGAACUGCAAGAUGAUGAUCAUGAUGGGAGUGAUUUGUGCCAUUGUGGUGGUGGUGAUUGUAAUCUACUUUUUUACUUGAAUGUAGCUCCUUCAGUCUGCAGCCUACUGUCCCCUGUCACCUUGCCUGUUUCUUCUUGCCCCUGAAUCUUUCCUUCCCUUCCCUUCCACCUAGCUUCUUCAUUGAUUUCUUUAUUGGUUUUAAUUUGUCUUCUGUAUAGGACUCUGAAGUGCUCUACUGAACAUGGUUAGACUCUUCAACAGCCACUGCAGCUUUAGGGAGGGCCAUCUGAGUUUAGAGGAAAGGGAAGUAGAGGAGGAGUGGGUAGCUAAUGCUCCUGCUCUUCUGCAGGGAAUUUUUGUGGUUUAUUUUUGGGUAUGAGCUUGUCAAAUAGUGCCUGUGUGGACUCUAGCAAAAUAAGAAUGCCUUAACGCAGUGCCUUUGGGGAUGAAGGACUUCAGCAUGUGAAAUUCUUUAGUAUUCUGCCUAAAAAGAGUGGCAGCAUAACUUAAGCUUUUCAUUGAGCUUCUGAAAUAAAGGCUCAUUUGUGUUGGUCAGUGACUGUGAGCCAUCUGACUGAGCUAGAUAUAGUCAUCUAGAUUUCUCUAGCCGUGGAGAGAUGAGCACUUAAAGAAAAUAUUUAUUCUGC